AAACAAACUAUUUUGUGUUAUUUAUACACACGUGUGCAUUGUACAAUUGAAAAAUUUUAUUAAAAUACUUCAGUAAAACGCAAAACUGUCCCAAUAUGAAGCAGAAAAAGAAGUUAGGAGUUGGUUUAAGCAGGGAGGAAUGCCAAGUAAUUGUAAUUGGUGAGAUCAUUCAGGAACUUCUACAGGCUCAUGAAGAGAAGAAAGAUGUCAAUCUUAAUCGGAUGAAAUCUCGAAUCUCUUCCAAGUAUGGUUUAGAAAGCUCGCCUCGUUUAGUGGACAUUAUAGCAGCGGUGCCACAAGACGCUAAAAAGAUACUUUUGCCAAAAUUAAGGGCAAAGCCUAUAAGAACCGCUAGUGGCAUUGCUGUUGUAGCUGUUAUGUGUAAGCCACAUCGGUGUCCCCACAUCAAUAUGACCGGCAACAUUUGUGUUUAUUGCCCUGGUGGCCCAGAUAGUGACUUUGAAUAUUCUACUCAAUCGUAUACUGGCUAUGAACCCACAUCCAUGCGUGCUAUACGAGCCCGCUAUAACCCAUUCUUGCAAACACGCCAUCGUGUCGAACAACUCAAACAAUUGGGCCACUCAGUGGACAAAGUGGAAUUCAUAGUUAUGGGUGGUACGUUUAUGUGCUUGCCAGAAGAUUAUCGUGACUAUUUUAUAAGAAAUUUGCACGAUGCUCUUUCGGGUCAUACCAGUGCGAAUGUCGCUGAAGCUGUUCGUUAUUCGGAAAAGUCACGAACCAAAUGUAUAGGUAUUACAAUUGAGACAAGGCCGGAUUAUUGCUUAAAGCGUCAUAUUUCGGAUAUGUUGUCAUACGGAUGUACUCGUUUAGAAAUCGGAGUACAAUCGGUGUAUGAAGAUGUGGCCCGAGAUACUAAUCGUGGUCAUACGGUGAAGGCAGUAUGUGAAAGUUUUCAUUUGGGCAAAGAUGCAGGCUACAAAAUUGUAACGCAUAUGAUGCCAGAUUUGCCGAAUGUAGAUUUUGAAAGAGAUAUUGAACAGUUUAUAGAGUACUUUGAAAAUCCUGCUUUCCGUUCGGAUGGUUUAAAAAUUUACCCAACAUUGGUAAUACGUGGUACAGGGUUGUACGAGCUAUGGAAAACCGGUCGUUACAAGUCGUAUCCACCCUCAAUGUUGGUCGAUUUAGUGGCAAAAAUAUUGGCUUUGGUUCCGCCAUGGACUCGUGUUUAUCGUGUGCAGCGUGAUAUACCAAUGCCUCUUGUGAGCUCCGGUGUUGAGCAUGGUAAUCUCCGAGAGCUGGCUUUGGCCCGCAUGAAGGACUUGGGAACAGAAUGUCGUGAUGUCCGUACACGCGAAGUUGGCAUACAAGAAAUACAUAACAAAGUACGACCCUAUGAAAUCGAAUUAAUACGACGUGAUUAUGUGGCAAAUGGCGGUUGGGAAACAUUCCUCUCAUAUGAAGAUCCAGCGCAAGACAUUCUUGUAGGUCUGUUGCGCUUACGCAAAUGCUCACCAGAAACCUUCAGGCCCGAACUGAAGGAUGGACAAUGUUCUAUAGUUAGGGAGUUGCAUGUCUAUGGUUCGGUGGUACCAGUAAAUGCUCGAGAUCCAACCAAAUUUCAACAUCAGGGUUUUGGUAUGUUGCUGAUGGAAGAAGCAGAAAGAAUUGCCCGCGAGGAGCAUGGAAGUAUUAAGCUGGCUGUUAUUUCCGGUGUUGGUACAAGAAAUUACUAUCGUAAAAUGGGUUAUGAACUGGAUGGGCCAUAUAUGUCGAAAAAAAUUGCAUGAAGUUCGAGAUUUUGAAAAUAUUUUUAUUAUUAUGCUACUUAAAACAUAAAAUUACAUUCUCUGUAAAGUACUUUAUCAAGAAGAGAGUCGAAAAGAAA